AUGUUCAUUGCUCGUUCCGAAUAUGAUCGUGGUAUCAACACUUUCUCUCCCGAGGGACGUCUGUUCCAGGUCGAGUACUCUCUGGAGGCCAUCAAGCUUGGUUCCACUGCCAUCGGGGUUGCGACCGGCUACGGAGUAAUCAUCGGCGUGGAGAAACGAGUCACCUCACCGCUUCUGGAAGCGUCCUCAGUCGAGAAGAUUGUGGAAAUCGACAAGCACAUUGGCUGCGCCAUGUCCGGCUUACAAGCGGAUGCGCGGUCGAUGAUCGAGCAUGCGAGAGUCGAGUCGCAGAACCACAGCUUCCACUACAACGAGCCGCUACGUGUCGAGUCCUGCACCCAGGCUAUCUGUGAUUUGGCGUUGAGGUUCGGCGAAGGUGCGGAUGGCGAGGAGAGCAUCAUGUCGCGGCCUUUCGGUGUUGCGCUGUUGAUUGCCGGCUACGACGACGAUGGCCCACAGCUCUACCACGCCGAGCCCUCCGGUACGUUCUACAGGUACGAUGCAAAGGCGAUCGGAUCUGGAAGUGAGGGAGCUCAGGCCGAACUGCAGAACGAGUACCACAAGUCAUUGACACUCGAGGAGGCCGAGACGUUAGUGCUGAAGACCCUGAAGCAGGUGAUGGAAGAGAAGCUGGAUUCCAAGAAUGUGCAGCUGGCUUCGGUGACGAAAGAGAAGGGCUUCAGGAUCUAUCCCGACGAGGAGAUGGCUGCCGUCGUUGCCAGGCUCGGAAAUGCAUGA